AUGAAUACCCCAUUUCCAGCUCCUCUAACGUCGAAACUCCUCCAAGCGAUGGCCGGCUAUCCCGUAAAGAUCGAACUGACGGAAAAACCGAGCGAACUGGGCUCCCUGUCGUUCUCCGACGCGGAGAAACCGAAGAAGAAAACCAACCGCAUACGCGGCAACUUCCGCUGUCCGCAAUGCGACCGGACGUACAUCAGAAAGGACUCGCUGCAGCGCCAUUUGACCUACGAGUGCGGCAAGGAGCCGAUGUUCCAGUGCCCGUUUUGCCCGCAAAAGUGCAAGCGGCGCGGCCACCAGCUCAGGCACGUCAGGCGCCAGCACAAGGACAAAAUCGGCCUGAUCGAGGAGAAUAAUCCGGACAUUUUCGGCAAGAAAGAGGACGUCGAGUGACGAGCUUUGCCCGCCGAAGACCUGAGCUUGAAAAAGUCCUCGUGGGAGAACUGGCCGUCGCACUUGGUCCUGCCGAUGAUGCUCAUGCGCGAGAACAUGAAGCAAUCGAUGCUGCAAUCGAUCAACCGCGGCACGCUCGACCUGUCGCUCAGCCCCCGGUCGAAGGGCCGCUUCGGCGACGUGUCGCCGACGCCCGGCGCCGGCGGCGGCUUCGUCUGCGCCGUCUGCGGGCGCACCUACAAGCUGAAGAGCUCGCUCAGGAACCACCAGAAGUGGGAGUGCGGCAAAGAGCCGCAGUUCAAGUGCCCCUAUUGCGUCUACAAGGCGAAGCAGAAGAUGCACAUGGCCAGGCACAUGGAGCGCAUGCACCGGGAGAUCGAUUGCUCGAUCGUGAAAACGGAACUCAAGACGGAGACCAAGUCGUCGGAGGACCGGGACCAGGACAACAUCGAAAACAAGCGAAUCGAAAGCAACAAUGACAAUAGCAAUAGUUUUAGUAAUUUGAGUAGCAAUUGAUGCGAUUGUUGGGUGUUUGUUUUUUUGGGAAGAAAUUUGGUGAUGCUUCUUUCAUGGUUACGUCCGAUCUCGUCCAAUUCUCUCGUCCGUUACUAGCUCAAAUGCUCAAUUUUAUAAGUCGGAUUUGCAGGUUAGAUCGACUUAGACCAGUUUGGACGAGUUGCUGGACAUAUCGGCUUGAUUCAAAUACAUUCCAAUAUUCUAAUGCGACCCAUUCACUGCCAUAAAAGCGCAAACAGAUUGUGUGUACUUGUAUGUUGAUUAUUCACGAACCCUCAAAGUCCCCCAACGAAACCUCGCGUUAAAGAUGUAGUGGAGAAUAGUGGAAGUAUUUAGUGGAUCGGAGUUGUGGUGAUAAUUUUUACAUCUUUUCAUCCUCUCUUUAGGUAUAUUCUUUAUUUUUUUUAGAUAAUCUUUUAAUGUUUCCUUUUAAUUCGUCUUUAUUGAAGGCGUAAAAUGUUGGGUGGACUUUUGAGUUUGUUUUUUUUUUGUUUAGUGGAAAAUACCGAUUGAAUACUCAUUAUUUUAGACGAUUUCGAACACUAUAAUGUCUACCAGUGCGUAAAGUAACAGAAAAAUCGACGUAAUUGUGAUAUAUGUAUUUUUUGUAUCUAUGUAUCAAAACCGCAAUACCUUUUUUUAUACUCUAUUUAAAGACACUAGUAUUACAUAUCGAUUUAUCGAUCCGUUAUUGCUGCCAGUGAAUUUAUCAAUGGUAUUAAAGACUGCGUAGUCUACCGGUAGAUUUUUUUACAGACUCAUUCCAUUUUUUAUACAAUCUAUGUUUUAAAGUCGGGCCAAUUCAACUUUAAAACGGACGAUUUUAAUUAAUUUACUCGCUCAUAUUUUAGUUAUUGUGAUUACGCACACGCCGAACAAAUUUUUCCAAAUCGUACGCUUCCAAUAGAUGUUAGGUAAUUUUUUUAACACGUCGAGUGCCGACGCAAAUGUCACAUUUUUGCAACGCACGCGUAUCUUUUUUUUGUUUAGAGAUAUUUGUUCCUAGAAACUCGUUGGUUCCUAAUGACGCGUAUUUUGUGAUUUUUAACGCCUUUUUGAACGUACCAAGUGCCUUUUAACAGCCGAAAUUGAGAUGGUGAAUAAAAUAUAGUUAGAUCUAGAUACUCGCGUGAGAAGGGUACUUUCUUGCACAUCGAUAAUGCAUAUCUGUAGGUAAAAGAAAUUUAAUUUUUUAUGUAAAAAUAUAGUGAUAUACGGGGCGUUUCCUAUUUGAAGCAAUUUGUGGGUUCCGUACGUUUUGGUUGCGUUUCGCUUUGAUUUAUAAUCGUAAGGGAUAAUUUUAGGUAGGUGUUGUUUAUUUUUUUAAUUGAUAUUAGUAUUUUAGGAUUUUUUCGUUCGAACCGGUCGAAAUGUGUUGAAUUGGUAAAAUACUUAAAAAGUUUUAGUUAAGUAAGGGCUUUUUUGUAAUGUUUUUUCGUUAUUGAUGCUUUGGAAAAAAUAAUUGCUUUUUCUUUGAAUUAAGGCAGCUUUUGAGAUAUUUAAAUAUGGAUUACCCAAUGUUUUUUAUACCUAUAUAAAUAUAUGUUAUGGUGGUAAUGUUACAAUUUUAAAAUUUGAAAAAAAAUUUAUUAUAUUAUGUAAUUAUUUUACCAGGUGUAGGGCCGUAUAAUUUUCGAACAAACCAUAUCAGUUAACCAAUUUUAAGUACAAUUGAAAUUUCUAACUAUUAGAAAUUUCAAAUCUACUUACAUAAACGUCGACAAUACUCAAAUUAACAGAUGUGAUUUUUUUUACCAUUUUUUUGUCAUUUAUAGUUCCUCAAUUUUUACAAUAGCUUUCCCACUUUAUUGUUAAAAAAACUAUUUUCUUACAAUGUAUUUUUAUAUAAAAUAAAAUAAAAGCUUCGAGGUAGUGGUAGAUAAUAAAAAAAAUAUUAUGAAAACCGUUAUUUUUUGUUUUAUUUCCAAUCGAAUUCAUCGAAUCGCCAUGGAAUCCGAUCAUUAUUUGUACUAAUUCGCUUUGAUUUUUAGGUAAAAUUCAAAUUCUAUCCG